AUGAAUCUUCUUCGCAGUGGGGGCAGCAUUCCCCGCAUUCUACGACCCUCUCGUCCCCAGAGUCUUCUCCGCAUUCGAUGCCCCAUACCGCCCAUCGCGAGCCGGGGAUUCCAUGCCGGUUCGGCAUUGUUGGGGGUUCGGUCUCAGAUUCUCAAGGAUGUUGGUGAAGGUAUCACCGAGGUCCAGAUCAUUCAGUGGUAUGUGGAGGAGGGGGCGCAUAUUGAGGAAUGGAAGCCUCUGUUCCAGUAUCAGUCUGACAAAGCUGUUGACGAUAUCACAUCACGAUACGAAGGCGUGAUCAAGAAGCUUCACUUUGAAGCAGAUGACACGGUACCUACAGGAAGCGCUCUCGUUGAGAUUGAAGUCGAUGAUGCGAAAUACCCAGACGAGAAUCCACAACCUGUGCCCGCCGCGAACCCAGAGCCACUCGAGAAUGCCUCUGCCCCGGAAGUAGCGGCAGUAGCUGAAGCGAUUGAAUCAUCUCAGGUCGAGACACCCGCCGUGCAGAAAUCCGAAGUGCCCGAAGAAGCACCCAAGUCAAAGCAUGCGUCCCUUGCAACCCCAGCUGUGCGAGGGCUCCUCAAAACCCACGGCGUCGACAUUCUCCACAUUAAUGGAACCGGCAAAGAAGGCCGAGUCAUGAAAGAAGACGUUCUCAAAUUCGUCGUCACUCGAGACUCCCCUAGUAGUACACCCUCCAUACCAUCCGUGCCAACCGCCACAGAAACACGCCAAACCGAAACAACCACAAACUUGACCCCAAUCCAAUCAUCCAUGUUCAAAACCAUGACCAAAUCCCUAACCAUCCCCCACUUCCUCUAUGCCGACGAACUCAAGAUCAAUGACAUAACCAGCAUCCGCAAGAAACUCCUCGCGGACCGCGACGCAAAGAAGAUCACAUUCCUCCCCUUCGUCGUCAAAGCGGUCUCUCUCGCCCUAGCCGACUUCCCUCUUCUAAACGCCCGAGUCGACACCACCGAUCCUUCUAAACCAAAACUAAUUAUGCGCUCCAAACACAACAUCGGCAUCGCAAUGGACACACCCAACGGCCUGCUCGUCCCAAACAUUAAAGACGUAGCAUCCCGCUCAAUCCUCGACAUCGCCUCUGAAAUCUCCCGUCUCAGCAGCCUCGGCAAAGAAGGAAAGCUUUCAUCCGCCGAUAUGAGCGGUGGAACGGUUACGGUUUCGAAUAUCGGGAAUAUUGGCGGGACUUAUGUUGCGCCGGUUCUUGUGCCUACUGAGGUCGCUAUUCUUGGGAUUGGGAGGACGAGGGAUGUACCGGUGUUUGAUGAGGCGGGUCAGGUUGUGCGUGGGGAGAUGGUGAACUUUAGUUGGAGUGCAGACCAUCGGGUUGUGGAUGGAGCUACAAUGGCGAGGAUGGGCAACCGCGUUAGGGAAUUGAUUGAGGCGCCGGAGCUUAUGUUGCUUAAUUUGCGAUAG